AUGGCUUAUUCUCUACCUUCUCUCCGCCGCUACAACCCCCUCCUCCUCCUCCUCUUCUGCUGCUGCUCUUCCACCCUAGUAAGUCCCACCUCCUCCUACGCAAAAAACCCGACCAAGCUCGUCGAGAGCGUCUGCAAAAACACGACCACUUACGCAUUCUGCGUCGACUCCCUCUACUCCGACCCGCGAACCCCGACCGCCGACGCCUACGUCCUCGCCUUCGUCUCGUUCGACUUGGCCUACGCCAACGCCACCAGUGCCGAGGCCUACGUACGGGCAUUGCUGGGCCGCCGCCACCGCCGCGGCAGCAGCCGCCGCGAUGAGUACUCGAGGCUCUUGGAGAGAUGCGACCGGUUGUACGGGGAAGCCGUCUCGGCUCUGGCGCUGGCGCUCAACGACUUGGACUCGGAGACUUACUCCGAACUGGCCUCUUACGCCGCCGACUCCGCUCGCAAGGCCGGCGACUGCCAGGCGGCGUUCCGAGGCACGGCAUUUCACUCCCCUUUGACUCGGAUGAAUCGCGAUUUGAGGGGCCUCGCCGGAAUCUGCAUUAUCGUCUCCCAUCUUUUUACUGCGUUGUAA